AUGGGUGCUAAACUUGUAGUUUUCAACAGCCAGAGUGAGACGAGUAAUAUAGGUAAUAUUUAUGCAACUAAUAUUAUGGGAGCUGCACUUGGAUCACCAUUUAACUUCUGGGUUGGCUGUACGGAUGCCGAAGUAGAGGGCUUAUUUGAAUGUGAAGACGGUACGCAGCUAUCCCUAAACAGUGAUUUGUGGCUUAGUGCGCAAGGAUAUCCCAAGAGUUCUGUUGGAGGGGGUGGCAUUGAGGACUGUGUUUACUAUUUACCAACCAGCAAUGGCUUGGAGGAUACUGAUUGCAACUCACUUGCGUUCGCUCUCUGCGAAGUCGAUCCUCUACCUGAACCCACAACCACAACAUCCCCUGCUGAUCCAAUCACUCAAGAGGCUACAACGCCAUCUACACCUGGACAAACCAGCCAAGAUCCUACAACAACAGCAGCAACUACGACAAGCCGAACCACCCAAGAUCCUAUAACACCAACUACGACAAGCCCAACGACUCAAGAUCCUACAACACAAACCACACCAAGCCCAACCACCCAAGGUCCUACCACACCAACCACGACAAGCCCAACCACCCAAGUUCCUACACAACCAACCACACCAGGUCCACCUACUCAAACCACCACAAAGACCUCAACAAUGCAAAAUUGGGGCACGGAUUCGGAACAGGAUGGAACCACCAUUGCUAAUGAAGUUUCAAGUGGAACUAACACCGAUGCUACCCCCAGAGCAACUCCACUUCGCAAGAUCAGCAAAUCCAACGUGUUCCUCCCAAGCAAAGAUAACAAUGGACGUGAUCUGAUUGGCUACUGUCUAGUUGGUCACGUGAUGGAGACUGUGCGAAUGGUGAGCCAGUUACGAUGCGCUAUGAUGUGUGUUGACAUCGUUGGGUGCCGGUCUUUCAACUUCAUUCAGAGCGGUGUUUGCGAGCUGAAUUACGAGCAGAAGGAGGGUGCGCAUGCUCGGUUUUUCAGCCGAUCUGACGGGUGUACUUAUUUUGGACGAGCUUGAUUUGUCAACGCGAGAGGGCCCCAAGAUACUAUAAGGUUCAAUUUUCAUGAAGAGAUAUAGACAUGUGGGAAGCGAUUUUUAUGCUGACG